CCAGCCAUCAUUUGCUUACCUACUCCACUUUGCCCUAAUCCUCCCUGGAUUCUGUACCAGGACGGAUUGUUCCAGUCUUCAGUUCCUGCAUUUCAUCUGGGACGGAGGACUGCAAGAGCAGCAACUUCGUCUAGCGGACACUAGCAUUCGCCGGUAGACGAGCUUUCCGUCGGCCUUAACUUAGCGCUCCUCCCGCUGUUCCCCCGUUGCGACGUAUUUUCGAGCUGUUUACCCGGUUGACCAGUCAAAAUGUGUGGCAUUCUCGCUUGCUUGAGUUCGUCAGAUGACUCGCCUGGCAUGCGAGCGCGAGUCCUCGAGUGCUCGGCUAGGCUGAGGCACCGAGGCCCUGACUGGAGCGGCGUGCACGUGGACAACAACAACUUCCUCGCGCAUGAGCGUCUCGCUAUUGUCGACCCGGCUUCCGGCCACCAGCCGCUCUUUAACGAGACCAAGGAGAUCGUCGUCACGGUGAACGGCGAGAUCUACAACCACGAGGCGCUGAAGAAGAGCCUCAAGGAGAAGCACUCGUUCAGCACGGAGAGCGACUGCGAAGUCAUUGCCCACCUGUACGAGGAGCGGGGCGAGGAGCUGGUGCAGGAUCUGGACGGCAUCUUUGCUUUCGUGCUGCUAGACACGAGGGACAACUCCUUCAUUGCUGCUAGGGACCCCAUUGGCGUCUGCUCCAUGUACAUCGGCUGGGGGCGCGAUGGCUCCGUGUGGUUCGCCUCGGAGAUGAAGGCCCUCAAGGACGAGUGCGAGCGGUUUGAGAUCUUCCCUCCCGGCAGCAUCUACUCCAGCAAGCAGGGCGGCAUCAGGCGGUGGUACAACCCCAAGUGGUACGAUGAGCACAUCCCCAACACCCCCUACGACCCUCUUGUGCUGCGAGCAGCCUUUGAGAAGUCGGUGACCAAGCGUAUGAUGACGGACGUGCCGUUCGGAGUGCUUCUCUCAGGCGGUCUUGACUCCUCGCUGGUGGCGUCGGUCGCCAAGCGCCAUCUCUCGGAAACCCAUGCAGGGGAGCUGUGGGGCCCUCAUCUCCACUCCUAUUGUGUCGGCAUGGAGGGUUCUCCGGAUCUUAAGGCGGCCAAGGAGGUGGCGGACUACAUUGGCACUGUUCACCACGAGCUGCACUUCACUGUCCAGGAGGGCAUCGAUGCUAUAUCUGAUGUGAUCUACCACAUCGAGACCUACGACGUGACCACCAUCCGCGCUAGCACGCCCAUGUUCCUCAUGAGCCGCAAGAUCAAGGCGCUGGGCGUGAAGAUGGUGCUGUCGGGGGAGGGCAGCGAUGAGGUGUUUGGCGGGUACCUCUACUUCCACAAGGCACCAAACAAGGAGGAGCUGCACGUGGAGACAUGCCACAAGCUGAAGGCGCUGCACCAGUUUGACUGCCUGCGCGCCAACAAGGCCACCAUGGCGUGGGGGCUGGAGGCGCGAGUGCCUUUCCUCGAUAAGGAGUUCCUCGAUGUUGCCAUGAGCAUUGACCCUGCAGAGAAGAUGAUCAAGCCCAAGGAGGGUCGGAUUGAGAAGUACAUCAUUCGCAAGGCUUUUGACGACCCCGAGAACCCAUACCUGCCAAAGCACAUCCUGUACCGCCAGAAGGAGCAGUUCAGCGAUGGCGUGGGGUACAGCUGGAUUGACGGGCUCAAGGCACAUGCCGAGAACAUGGUCUCAGACCAAAUGCUGGCCAACGCGCCCAACAUGUUCCCCAUCAACACGCCCAAGACCAAGGAGGCCUUCUUCUACCGCAUGACCUUCGAGAAACACUUCCCCCAGCUAUGCGCUCGUUUGACUGUGCCGUGGGGUGCGAGUGUGGCCUGCAGCACAGCUGCUGCAGUGAAGUGGGAUGCUGCAUGGGCCAACAACAUUGACCCCUCAGGCAGGGCUGCGCUCGGUGUGCACAAUGCAUCGUAUGAGGGCAAGGAGGGGGAGAACGAAGAGAAGAAGGUGGAGAUGGAAGAGAAGAAGGUGGAGAUGGAAGAGAAGAAGGUGGAGAAGGAAGAGAAGAAGGUGGAGAUGGAAGAGAAGAAGGUGGAGAUGGAAGAGAAGGUGGUGGAAGGGACGGAGAAUGGGGAUGCCAAGGAGGAGGAGCCUGCUGCUAAGAAGGCCAAGGUUGAGGCUUGAGAAACUUGUUGGGACGGGGAGUGAUUGCGGAAGUGGUGCGGAUUGUGUCGAGGUUGCUAACAGAACCUUUACUGGUACUAUUGCAAGCAUGCGUAUCACUUAAUAAUAGGUGUUUGGGUUUGGCCGUUAAUGCUUCGUUUGAUUGGUUGCAUGAUUUUUGUUUGACAUGCUUGGGCAUGUGUUUUGCCAAGGAAUUUAAUUUGCGUGUGGGAAUCAUAGUGUGCUUUUCAACUUAAGACUAGUGACCUACCUGUAACUCGAAGUUUCCAUAAC